AUGGGUAGUUUUGCUUUGAUCCAGAGUAUUAAAAUUUACACAGUAAGGCUCAGUGCCACCUACUCGCUGUACUCGUUCGGUCCUCCGAUGGGAAGGCCCUCCGGAAAUAAGAAUGGAACGGAAAAUGUUGAUAGAGCAUUUCGACAAGUAGAACGAAUAUCACGUAAAAGAGAACUGAAUGUAGAGAAAAAUGACACAAUAAUGUGUAAUUUUAAAAGAAGCAAAAAAUCCGAACAAGGAUUACCACUAUUUGAUUUACCACUGCACGUUAUAGAGAAAAUUGUAUCGAAACUAUCACUUUCGGAAAUGGCUACAUUUAGACGCUGCUCACGACAAACAAAAGAGAUAGUAGAUGGUUACUGGCAACUUCAGAGAUCACUUAAAACAGGUGUAGAAGAGCUCCAUCAACUUUUUCCACAUAUUGACACAAAAAAAUCACAGUUUGAAAGUUUAUUCCAUAUUCGGCAUGAGCUUGGAAAAUAUCUUAGCAUGUUACCGAAGAAUCGUCUGUUAGAGGCUGAUUUUAGUGGAGUUCGACGUUUUCACCACGAAAUGAUGGAAAGCAUUUUGAUUAAAAAUCACCUUGAUCCAAACAUGGUAUUCUCUGAAGUUACAUGUAUCUCAUUUGCUCAUUGUACAGUAAGUUGCGCCGAUCUCGAAUCACUAUCAUACUAUACACAGAAUCUGAAAUCGCUAACAAUUCCCGAUCGAUUGAUCGAUCACAAACAAGAAGGUGAAGAUGUUGAUCCAAAUCUAAUACAAUGCUAUCGUACCAUUCAAAGAAAAGGACUUAUUGGGCAUCGUUCAAAGCUGAUUGCACAUAUUAAAACACUUUGGCCAGCUUUGACACAACUGACCUUCUGUAACAAAACAUUGAUACUCGAUGAAUAA